AUGCCACCACCAUUAAGAUCACCUUCAGUUCUCUCUUCUACACCCUGUUGCGCAUAUCAAUUAUGUAGGACAACCGGUCAAUCCUCACGACCGUUCUCCACAACUCCCCGACAUGACCAAAGAGUAACUCGAGCUCGUCGAGGCUUGUUUCGAUGGCUCACUGCUCAAGGAGAGAACUUCCGAAAUCCGUUGAGUGAAUCAACGAAUUAUAUGGGUGCUUAUGAUAACAGGGUUGGGGUACUAAGGAGAGUGCUGGAACAGAGGGAGCAGAUAGUAUUGGACAGCGCAGAGAGGGGGGAAGCGUCGCCAGAGAAGGAGUUAUCAGCAGAAAAAAGCAAAAGCUUACCGCCCGAGACGACUAGGGAUAGAAUGCCCUUUCCUUUGAAUAAAGCGUUCGUCAGUCAAGCUGUUCUCAGCGAGGGGCUGCGGGACGAGAUCUGGUCGCGGGUUAUGAGAGAAGGGCAGUCAGUGCGGGAAGUCAGUGCUCAGCUGAAAGUUGAGAUGAGCCGUGUGGGAGCUGUGGUUCGAUUGAAAGAGAUCGAGAAGGAGUGGAAGCGGAUAGGAAAACCACUUGCAAGACCAUAUGCCCGAGCCGUUAUGUCUAUGCUACCCAAGACUCCUUUCCGUCCCGAGAAUUUCGUUUCCCACGAGUCGAUCAACGACUUGCCAGUCCACGCCUCAACUGGACAACAGAUCUUCCACCCUACAUCGGAGUCCAGACAUUUCACACGUCUAGAUGCCGCAAAGGUAUUCAACAAAAGGCUUCUCCCUGCAGAUGAUCGAAUACCGCAUCCAGAGCUAGUCAUCCAGCACCGGGAAAGAGUAGUAGAGGAACUGACCGUGCAAGAACGAAAGGAGAGAGCUGAGUUGCGGGCGGCAGAAGCUGAGGAGAAGAGAGAAAAGAUAGCAAAUAAGCAAGCCCAGGCGGAGGCAAGGGUGAAGAAAGUUGAGAGCGACAGGUGGGAGUUUAGAUUCACACCAAUCAACGCUGAUGAUGCUGGGAAGGACGGCAGAGGUCAGAGCGGUGUUGGGUGGAGAUAUGGUGUGCCAUUGUAUGACCGUAGCAGAGGGCAGGUCAAGAUACCCACGAGUGUUGGAUGA